GUCUUCCCGUAACCCAACCCCCAUUCAUCGCAUUCCUUUUUCUCUAUUCACAAUCGCCGCUGCUAUUGUGCAGCCAAACCGAUCUAAUUCACUCGGACCUUUCUUCCUUCAUUUCUUUUAUGCACCGCAACUCAUCAACCCACAACCCACCACAACUUGCAUCGGUUGAUUCUCAGUUCAUGCAGAUCUUCCUGCAAUGUCUCCCGAUUCACACUUGGCCUACUCUCGCUUGGGAAUUAUGGCUGACAUUACCACCAGCCGCCAAUCAUCGCCUGCGAUUGCACGGGGCCUUGCCUCCGAGUUACGGGGAACACCUGAAGUCAUCGCCUCUAUGCCUCCAAGACGCCGAGUGCGGGGGCCCGCGAGCCCGUCGCCGGCGCCCCAGGGCUCAAGAGGCUCAACCCCGGCAGACCGGGGAGGAAUGGCCAGGACUCCGGUUCCUGCCAAAUACAGCACCUCAUAUGGAUCCCCGAUGACGCAGCUACCCGACAGGUCCACAGCUGGCGGUGGUAGCAUCACCAAAGCUGCAGCCGAGAUUUUCACCAAGGUAAAGAGGGACAACGUUGCUGCGGAGGCUCGCCGCCGCAGCAAGGAUCAGGCGAGGGCGGCGAGGGCGGCGAGGGCGACGAGGGCGGCAAGGGCCGGUUCACAAAACACAACCGCCUCUCCACUACGCGCAGCCACACCACCUACCAUCGAGGAGGUGGACAUGGAGUCCGAAGAGGGAAGCGAGGGGCAGUCGUCGAGCGGGGCAGAGGGGAGCGAGUAUGAGGAUCGGAAUGGAACCCAGCCGGAAAGACGCUCUCCCCGGAAACCCCAGCCGAGAGAUGUCCGAAAGAGGGCUCGCGAUGACGAGGACGAGGCACGUGCAGAGAAAGAGCGGAAGGAGAGAGACGCCCGGUUGGCACUGGAGCGGUCGGCGGAAGCCCAGAAGGUUAAGAACCAGAAGCUCGCCGAGGCCCAGGCCGCCCGCGAAAAGGCCGAGCAGGAACGCAAAGCCGAUGAGGAACGGCAGGCCGAGCAACGAAGGUUAGCGGAGCAGGAAAGGCAAGCUGAGCAGGAGCGGCGCGCUCAGCAAGCUGCACGAGAAGAAGCGGCCAGGGCUGCCAUGCCACCACCACCCCAACCACUUGUGCCACGGCCAGCUCCAACUGCGACUCCGACCGCCCCCCACGCCACCAACUCGGCGGACGCCAUGGACCAUCGGCCUGGGUCCGCCCGAAGCUUCAUCGAGGAAGGCAAGCUCUUCCAGGAGGCGAAUGUCCAGACCCCAACGCCGCCGCCACCGCGGCAGGUACGGCGUCCAGGCCCAUCGGCACCACCGGCACCACCGGCACCACCCCAGGCUGCUCAAGGGACAACGGUCAGGACGCGAUUGUCCGCCCUGCCGCCCGGGCCUCCCUCGCCUCCGAGUGUAUUGAAACGGCCUCCAAGACGUCCAGGCGGGACCACCCCAGCUCCACGACACGAGCGACGACCAUCACCCGCCAACGACGACCGGGGCUCAACUUCACGAUCCUCGCCAGAGGAGCCGUCGCCUGAACCGGACGAGGAGAAUCAUCGCCAGCAUGACAGCCCAUCAAAUCCGUUCGUUGCCGCGAGUUAUGCGCAGAGGCUCCGAAGUCGCUUUAAGCCUCUCGCAGGCAAAAGCGAGGUUAACGGAGCAGCAGGUGGGCAUACCCAAGCCGAAAGCCCCCAAGCACCGGCUUCGUCCGACUACCUGCCACGCUGGUCUGGUGCAAAACGGUCAUUUGGUCUGCUCUCUGUUCUAAAGCUCCUUGCGGGUGCCUUUGUCAUGUUGCAUCUGAUUCGACUAGUCCACACUCUGGUUCGGCCCGACCUAUUUGAACCAGCAAUUACUUGGUACGGUUGGAACGACUGGACAAACAACAUUGGACAGUUUUUACCUUCGCCACUUCUUCACCCGCUGGGUGUCCUCACAGAUGACCAAUACGACGACCUCAAGGACUACCUCCAACGGAGGACGACAGCGACCGAGGCAGCAGUCAAUAACCUCCAGUCGGUCCUUCCCAAGGUCGUCUCUGUGCGGAAAGACCAGAAAGGCAAGGUCAUCAUUGCCGACGAGUUUUGGACGGCCCUCAAGGACAAAAUCGAGCACGACAGCAGGAUCCUCUCGCUGGACGGGAAGUCUCGCAUUUCCGAACCACACUGGAGAGCGAUAGAACAGCGUCUGAAGGAUGCUGGCCUGCUUGCCAAGCCUCUGUCGGCCGACGACGUGGAGAAGAUCGUGGACAAGUCAGCGCCGGCGUCUUGGGAGAAGUGGCUGGCAAAGAACAAGCAGAGAGUCGCCGACAUUAUCGGACAUGGUACGGACUCUUCAAGGGGUUCGCUGAGCGGUUCGCCUAAAGGGACCACGGAAUCCGUUGUCUCGAGGAGCGAGUUCCUGCGCGAGCUGACCGCCCGGCUUUCCGAAUCCAAGAAAGAAGUCGAAACCGAGAUGGGCGGUCUCCGCAAGGACCUCGAUGGCGUCUUGCGCGAAGUCAAGAAGCUCGCCUCGGAAGGUGGCAUGUCCAGGGCCGAGACGACCAGCCUCAUCAACAGAAUCGUCGAUAAAGAAAUAACCGGUCGCCUGACGCGGAUAGGGAGCAAGUCCGGCGCUGCUAAGAUCGACGCGGCCUUCAGCAACCGCGUGAACCUCUUCUCUCCGGGCAACAACGCCCAGGUCGACAUCUCGCUGUCCUCUCCAACAUACGAGAUCGUGCCCCCGCCUGUGGGGUCCAAAAAGUAUCUCAAAUCCAUGCCCCGCCAGGCCCCGUUCCUCCCGGACAAGUCGCAGGCGCUCCGUCCCUGGACCGAGCCGGGCCACUGCUGGUGCGCGGCGAUCCUGGGCGCUCGCAACCGCACGCACCCGGCGGUGCUCGCGGUGCGGCUCGCCCAGUUCGUCAUCCCCCAGCACGUGCUGCUCGAGCACAUCGACCCGGCCGCGACGACGGACCCGCUCGCCAUGCCGCGCGACGUCGAGAUCUGGGCCAUGUUCGACGACCACGCCCGCCGCGAGCGCGUGCUCGACUGGAUGGCCGUCCAGUUCCCCGCCGACAUCACGGGCGCGCAAAACGGCAACAGCAACAAUAACAACAACAAUAACCAAAAGCUGAUCAGCGAAGGGUGGGCCAAGAUUGGGCACUUUGUUUACAAGCACCGGCCGGAGGACGAGGGCGUCUAUGUGCACCAUCUGUCUCGGGACUUGGUGGAUCUCCUGGGGGCGGCGACGGACCUGGUCAUGGUGAGGGCGCUGACGAAUUACGGGGCCAAGGACCACACUUGUUUCUAUCGCGUCAGGUUGUACGGUGAAGUGGUCGAGGAGGAGGAGCUGCUAGCGGAGAGGGAGAGCAGGAAGUGGUAGUGGUAGUGGUGAUAAUGUGUCCGGGAGCACGAAAGAGCUGAGGAGUUCUGUGGGAAAGAGGGGGGGGGGGGGUCUUGGGAGCACGGCGUUUUUGGGGAACACAUUAAACGAUACCAGCACCGUUCAGCAUUUCAUGCUCAGUUUCGGUCGUUGUCGACGGGAGUUUGUCGUUUCUGACUGCUGGCAAAU